CUCCAUCUCUUUCUCGUUCUCUCUCUAUCUUUCUCUCUAAAGCUUUCAACUCCUCCUUUUUGGGUGACAGUUCACACAAAAGUAUUCUUAAAAACAAAACGCUUUACUCCUCUUCGUGUUCCUACUUCCUAGAUUAUUUGUAGAAUCUGCCUCAUCCACAUGGGGAGGCACUCUUGUUGUUAUAAACAAAAGCUAAGAAAAGGUCUAUGGUCCCCUGAAGAAGAUGAAAAGCUCAUCAAACAUAUCACUAAAUUCGGCCAUGGCUGCUGGAGCUCCGUCCCUAAACUUGCAGGCCUUGAAAGAUGCGGCAAGAGUUGCAGACUACGAUGGAUUAAUUACCUGAGGCCUGAUUUGAAACGAGGCACAUUCUCUCAACAAGAAGAGAAACUCAUCAUCGAAUUGCAUGCAGUUCUUGGAAAUAAGUGGUCUCAGAUUGCAGCUCAGUUGCCCGGAAGAACAGAUAAUGAAAUCAAGAACUUAUGGAACUCGUCGAUCAAGAAGAAGUUAAGGCAACGAGGGAUUGAUCCAAACACUCAUAAACCACUUUCGGAAGUCAAUGAUGAUCGUAAAGAUCCAUCUGGGAGCAACGAAAAGAACUCACAGGGGUCGUACUCGUAUCUUGAUGAGAAAACUGAACCACCGGCGGCGGCGAUGGCGUCAUCUUACCCUCUAAUUGACAACCCUCCACCGGCGACUCAUGAAUUCUUCCUUAACAGGUUUGUAACGAGUCACGAAGCUCCAACCAAGCAACCGGAUUCCCAUCAUCUCUCCGGAUUCCUCCCUUUUAGUUAUACACAACAACCACCACCACCACCACCACCGACGGAAUCUUCUGAUAUUUUCUUCAAUACCGAUUCCAAGCCAUCGUCGGAGUUGAUCACGGAAUAUACAAGUGGUAUCUCUAACCCCCUCCUCUCAGCUCUGCCGCGCAACACCGCCAAUUUCCAGCAACAGAGUAAUUGGGGGAGUGGAAAUAAUGGAGGCACCGGUGGUUUCUUCCAGAACAACGGUGGGUAUCAUCCAUGGGGGUUGACUGAUUGCAACAAAAGUCAAAACCAAAUUAAUGGUGUAGAAAGUGAACAAGAUUACAUCAAAUGGAAUGAUCAAUUUCUUCAAGUUCCAUUUUUAAUGGGGAAAUCGGCGAUUGAGAGUAAACCUGAAGUCAAUUUCGGGGUGAACCAUGAACUGUAUCAUGGACAGCAAAGUGUGGAUACUUAUAACAAGCAUUUCCAGAGGAUUUCAACAAGCUUUGGACAUUUUUCAUAGGUUUUCAGCAAAUUCAGAAAUUCAUACUGGUGUGAGCCUUCUAGAGGUUAUUUUUUUCUUUUCUUUUUUUUAAUUUAAAUUCGUGUAAAUAGGUUCGUAAUCAUUUGUCAAUUUAUUAUAUUUUAUUUUAUUUUGCUUCAUUUUUAAAUCAACGAGAUAGUUUUCAAUAUUA